CUUGCAUUAAAAUUACGUAAUUCAAAAUAUUUUGGUUAUACAUAUGUAGGUAUUUUGUCAGCGUGAAACAAUUUCAUUACAUAUUGGUCAAGCUGGAUGCCAAAUUGGUAAUACAACAUGGGAAUUAUAUUGUAUAGAACAUGGAAUUGAAAAAGAUGGAUCAUUGAAAUCCUGUAAUACAGAUGAUUGUUACUCAACAUUUUUUUUAGAAACUCCUAAAGGGAAAAAUGUACCUCGUAGCAUUUUUAUUGAUAUGGAACCGUUAGUUAUUGACGAAAUUCGUACGGGAGAUUUUAAAGAUCUUUUUCAUCCAGAACAAUUGAUAAGUGGAAAAGAAGAUGCAGCAAAUAAUUUUGCUCGAGGUUUUAAUACUAUUGGUAAAGAUAUGAUAGAUCCUGUUAUAAAUCGUAUUAGAAAGCUUGCCGAACAAUCAAAUAGUUUGCAAGGUUUUUUCCUUUUUCAUUCAUUUGGUGGUGGUACUGGUUCUGGUUUUACUGCCUUACUUAUGGAUCGAUUAUCUGAAAUUUUUCCAAAAAAAUGUAAACUUCAAUUCGUUGUAUAUCCAGCACCAACAAUAUCAACAUCAGUUGUUGAACCAUAUAAUUCAAUUUUAACAACACAUUGUACAUUAGAUACAUCAGAUAUUGCUUUUAUUGUGGACAAUCAAGCUAUUUAUGAUAUCUGUAAUAAACGUUUAAAUGUUGAUAGACCACAUUAUAUGCAUUUGAAUCGUUUAAUGAGUCAAGUUGUAUCUAGUAUAACAGCAUCAUUACGUUUUCAAGGUGUACUAAAUGUUGAUAUGACAGAAUUUCAAACAAAUUUAGUACCAUAUCCAAGAAUACAUUUUCCAGUAGCAUCAUAUGCUCCAUUUUUACCAAUAGAAAAAACUAAUCAUGAAUCAUUAUCUAUUAAUGAAUUAACAAUGGAAUUAUUUGAACAAGAUAAUCAAAUGGUUAAAUGUAAUCCAAUUGAUAGUAAAUAUAUGGCUUGUUGUAUUUUAUAUAGAGGUGAUGUUGUACCAAAAGAUAUUAAUAGUGCCAUAGCAACAAUUAAAGAUACAAAAAAUAUAAAAUUUGUUGAUUGGUGUCCAACUGGUUUUAAAAUUGGUAUUAAUUAUAAAAAUCCAAGUGUUGUACCAAAUGAUAAUUUAGCUCCAGUACAACGUGGUGUUAGUAUGUUAGCAUCAACAACAGCAAUAGCUGAUGCAUGGUCAAGAUUAGAUUAUAAAUUUGAUUUAAUGUUUACGAAAAAAGCUUUUGUACAUUGGUAUGUUUCUGAAGGUAUGGAAGUUGAUGAAUUUUCUGAAGCUAGAGAAAAUUUGGCUACAUUAGAACUUGAUUAUAAAGAACUUGAAAGUGAAAUUGUUGAAAAUGGAAUUAAUGUGAAUAUUAAUGAUCAUCGUGUUUUUUUCCAUUAA